AUGGAAGACCAGACAAUUGAAGAGGAUACAGACGAGACGAUUGAAGACCAGACUAUUGAAGACGAGACUAUUGAAGACGAGAAUAUUGAAGAGGAGACAAUUGAUGAUGAGACUAUUGUGGACGAGACUAUUGAAGGCGAGUCUAUUGAAGACCAGGCUGUUAAAGGCGAGACUAUUGAAGGCGAGACUAUUGAAGACGAGAUUAUUGAAGACGAGACUAUUGAAGAGGAAACUAUUGAAGACGAGACUACUGAAGACGAGACUAUUGAAGAAGAGACUACUGAAGACAAGACUAUGGAAGUGAAGACAAUAGAAGAUGAGACUACUGAAGACGUGACUAUUGAAGACGAGACUUUUGAAGACGAGGCUAUUAAAGGCGUGACUAUUGAAGAGGAGAAUAUUGAAGACGAGACCACUGAAAACGAGACUAUUGAAGAAAAGAUAAUUGAAGAUGUGACUAUUGAAGACGUGUCCAUUGAAGACGUGACUAUUGACGAAGAGACUAAUGAAGACGAGGCUAUUGGGGACGAGACUUUUGAGGAGGAGACUAUUGAAAACGAGGCUAUUGAAGACCAGGCUGUUAAAGGCGAGACUAUUGAGGACAAGACUAUUGAAGACGAGAUUAUUAAAGACGAGACUAUAGAAGACGAGACUUUUGAAGACGAGACUAUAAAGAGGAGACAACUGAAGACGGGACUAUUGAAGACUAUUGAAGAGUAUACAGUUGAAGACGAGACGAUUGAAGACCACACUAUUGAAGAGGAGACAGUUGAAGAAGAGAUCAUUAAAGGCGAGACUAUUGAAGGGGAGACUAUUGAAGAUGAGACUGCUGAAGACAAGACUAUGGAAGUGAAGACAAUAGAAGAUGAGACUAAUGAAGACGUGACUAUUGAAGACGAGACUAUAGAAGACGAGACUUUUGAAGACGAGGCUAUUAAAGGCGUGACUAUUGAAGAGGAGAAUAUUGAAAACGAGACCACUGAAGACGAGACUAUUGAAGAAACGACAAUUGAAGACGUGACUAUUGAAGACGUGUCUAUUGAAGACGUGACUAUUGACGAAGAGACUAAUGAAGACUAG